AUGCCUAAGCGUGACGCAAACCGACGCAGGAAAGCAGCGCGCAAGAACCGUGGUCAAUCACACGACAAUUGGAACCAAAGUCAACUGGCAUAUUCACAGCAAUUGCAGUACAAUGAUGCAAUCUACGCCAAUGGAGAUGUUAUGGCUGCGGCAAGUUUCAGUGAAGAUAGCAUACAAAGACAACUUGGGUAUUUAGUGCCGGUACCACCACCUCAAGCAGGUAUGAGACCGAUUUCUCAAACAGGGUGCUGGUAUACAUAUACACAUCCUGUUACGUUUGAAGAUAUCGUUGUGUGGGUUGAUAGGCGGUACGGGAGUGGGUUUGCUGGUGAGGAAGCGCACUAUGAUGGAGAUAAAGAGUCGGCAUACAACCAAGAUACGCAAAAGUCUUCUUCACCGCUACGGUAUGAGUAUAGAGAGGGUUACCACGACUCAAUAUUGGAAAACCAGACAGAGGACUGGUGGAGAUUGUUCGGUCACGAUGUACCGGUGCAAUUCAUUCUUGCUCUUGUUGAGGCGCCUGAGGCUAAGGUUGAAAGAUUUGGACAUGAAGGCAGAGAGGAAGACAGUGUGGUGGACCAGUUCAGUCCGCAAUUUAUACAAUCUGAGUCGAGGGGGAAGAUGGAAGGGGAAUGGCACGCUGCAGCCAACUUUGCGCCUUAUCGUACUCCUGAGAUGGAACCAUGUUCUGGAGUUGAGACGACGAGGUGUGAUGGGUCGGAGAGCGAGCAGAGUAGACGGGAGGAGGCGGAAGGAGAUGUAGUUGGGAUUGUGACAGGAGAGUUCGUUGAUAGGAUUGUGCGAACAUGUAGGGAGAGGGAUGAUUGGGAGUGUGACUUUUGUGGAGUAGAGUGCUUUUUCUGGACUGUCAAGGCGGAUGCGACAAAGGCCUGGUAA